AUGUCUAGAGAGCCAGGGCCGCUCCGAUUUCUGGUGAUUGGCGCCGGCCAGAGAGGAACUGCCUACGGAAAGGCCGUAACUAAUGCCACUGAAGGGAUUAUCUACGCCGUUGCAGAGCCCAACGAUGAGACCCGCCGUAGAUUCGGACGGAAAUAUGUCUGGGGAGAGAAACAGCCGUCUGUGGGACAGGAGUUCAAGGACUGGAAGAGCUGGCUUGACUGGGAGAAAGAAAGACGCAGACUGAAAGACUCAUCUGCAGCGCCAGACGUCGGAGUCGACGGCGUCUUCAUCUGUACUUUGGAUGAAUCGCACCUAGAAAUUGUUCAGGCCAUCGCGCCCUUGAAUCUACAUAUAAUGUGCGAGAAGCCGCUGGCUCUAUCUUUAACAGAUAUCCUUCUUGCAUCCAAGGCGAUAACGGAUGCAUCUCCAACAUCACCGGUGCCUUCAAAGAUAUUCUCAAUCGGCCAUGUGCUUCGGUAUAGCCCGCACAACCAGCUGCUUCGCAAGCUCCUUCUCGCGGAUAGAGUGAUAGGAGACAUUAUAUCCAUCGAGCAUACUGAGCCUGUGGGAUGGUCUCACUUCGCUCACAGUUAUGUUCGCGGAAACUGGAGGAGGGAAACACCAGCUGCAGACGGCAGCUUAUUGACCAAAUGCUGUCAUGAUAUUGAUUUUAUAUUAUGGCUGCUCUGCUCGCCUCCUCCGGGUGCACCGCUUGACUAUCCAGAGCACCUGCCGCGAACAAUAACCUCAACGGGGAUGCUGUCACAGUUUACAAAGGCAAACAAGCCUCCCGCUGCCGGAGACAGCACGAACUGUCUUUCCUGCCCUAUUGAACGGGAUUGCAUAUACAGUUCUGUCAAGAUAUAUAAUGAUAUGUGCCUGGCAAAGGGAAGUACAGGAUUUCCUGCCCAUAAUGUCUAUCCGGAAAUCGAAGAUGUCCUAUCUAAACACGGCAUGGAAACAGCAAAGAAGAAUCUCCUCAGUAUUUUGGCUGAGGAUUACGAGGUGAAGACGAUGCGUGAUGAAGACGUUGCUUCGCGUCCAUGGUAUGGCCGCUGCGUGUACGAGUCUGAUAACAGCGUAUGUGAUGACCAAUUUGUCACCAUCGCUUGGGGAAGUGAUCCCAUACCGCAAGGUUGUAAGACAUACUCGCAUACGCAAUCACCACUUGGCGGCAGGGGUGCAAAACUCGCUACGCUGCAUAUGGUAGCUCCAACUGAGUCCCAGUGUGUUCGCCGUGGACGCAUAUCUGGUACCCUGGGUGAGGUCACAUAUGACGGCGUAACAAUCAGCAUCUACACUUUCGGAACUGGGGAGACGACAAAGCAUUCCAUAGCUCCGCCACCUCCGGAAGAAGCAGAGUCUCACGGAGGUGGAGAUUAUGGACUCACACGAGCUUUUGUUAGAGCUGUUGACUCGGUGGAGAACCAGGGAUGGGAUGUCAAGAAAGCUCAAAUUGAGAUUCUAGGGUGUACCUUGGAAGAGGCAAUCCGAAGCCAUGCGGUAGUCUUUGCUGCUGAAGAAGCCCGGCGAGAAGAGCUCGUUGUAAGUUGGAAGGACUGGUGGGCGAAGAAAACUGAACAAAUCCCUAAUUAG